UGGCUGUCAGAGGAUGGGGCGGGGCCAGUAGUUGUGGAGCUUCCGGGUACGGAGAAGCGAAGCGCUCACGGGAGGGAGGCCGCCGGCCUGGGCUCCCCGAGAGUGCCCAUGCCGGUGCACCCGGCGCCCAAGGAGGCGGAGGAGAUGGAGGGGGAUGGGGACUCGGCACCUGAGCUGAAUGGCGAAGAGGAGGAGAGUGAGGAGGAGCAUAGUGCCAGCCCCUCUGAAUCAGAGGAAGAAAGCUCAGAGAUGGACGAGGAGGACUGUGAGCGGCGCCGCAGCGAGUGCCUGGAUGAGAUGUGUGACCUGGAGAAGCAGUUCUCUGAGCUCAAGGAAAAGCUAUUCAAGGAGCGGCUGAACCAGGUGAAGGCCAAGCUGGAGGACGUGGCGUCGGGGCGCGCGGCUGAGUACCUCGACCCCCUGGGUGUCCUGCAGAACAACAUGAAGAUCCGCAUCGAGGUGGCUGGCAUCUACAAGGGGCUGUGCCUGGAGGUGGUCAGGAACAAGCACGAGUGUGAGCUGCAGGGAGCACGCCAGCACCUGGAGAGUGAGAAGCUGCUGCUCUACGACAACAUGCAGAGCGAGCUGCUGGAGCGAAUCCAGCGCCUGGAGGAUGAUCGGCAGAGCAUCGACAUCACCUCAGAGUGGUGGGACGACAAGCUGCGCCCCAAGAACAGUCUCAAGAAGUGGGAUCCCUUCCGGCCCGCCAAGAGGAAGAAAGCACCGCUUGUGUCUGGCCCCUACAUCGUCUACAUGCUGCGGGACAUCGACAUCCUGGAAGACUGGACGGCCAUCAAAAAGGCUAAAGCAGCCGUGUCGCCCCAGAAGAGAAAAUCAGACGUGCUGGUGAAGGUGGAGAAACUGGGGGCCCAGUUCUCAGCCCGCUGCGAGGACGGGCGGCUGCAUUACGAGGGUGAGAUCUACAGCAAAGGGCAGAGCGUCAUCCUGGAGGUCGGGGACGAGGCGCCUGCGCAGGCAGUGAUCACAGCUGUCAGCACCGGGGAGGUCUGGCUGCGCCGGGAGGAUGGCACCAAGACCAAAAUCUACGUCUCGCAGCUGCAGAAGGGCAAGUACUCGGUGCACAAGGCCUGAGCGGGCCCUCUCGUGGCUCAGCCCUGCGGCUCAGCCCUGCGGCUCGGCACAGGCCUCCUCCUGGAAACCAACGGCCCACGGACCCUCCCUGGCACACUGAGUGGCUGGACUUGCUCUCCCCUUGCACUAGGACUCAGAUGGAGAGGUCUCUGGGGCACUGCCCGGCGGGGUGUUCCCAUGGCCAGCGCUCCCGCCUCAGAUCCCUGCAGACAGGCCAGCACGAGGCUUCACCGCUCGCUUCCCUCGCUAGGACUCUGGUGUUUGUAGCAAUCUUGGGGGGCUGGCACGUAAACCCCAGUGCCUGGGGCCAUUGUGCCCCCCAGGGAAAUAGGGGUGCUGAUUCCAGGGGCUUCAGCAGGAAAAGCCCUGGGCCUUGGCCAGCCCCCUGGAAGCAUUCACAUUAAAAACAAAGUGAAAUGUACAAAAUCUUG